UACACAUAUACUAAUUGAAUUGAAAUUGUAAGUGUACCUAAUAACAUACAUUUACUUAACUAAGCAGCAAAAUGUUGAAAACAUUCACCAAUUUUGAAUUCGCGCUCGUUGUCAGCGUUUUACCUGCUGCUUUCAUGUAUUUGUGGACAUUAAUAGCCGGUGAUUUAAUUAAUUUUCCCGGUAGUCGCAAGAAGCUACUCAGUUACACGGCGAAAGAUAUGGUGAACUGUUAUCAAAAUUACGCUGCAGACACAAAUGGAGAUGUGAAAAAAGUUAACUAACUAACAAGCAACAAUAUUAGUUAAACUUUUUAUACAGUAUUUGUACAAUUAGGUGCUGCUUCGCACACAUUUACCUAGCUUUUGAAAUAUAUACAAACUAUUUUUAAAAUCGAAAA